ACGGAUUGGCUGGUUCAAUUUUCUUCGUCUCUUUUUGAAUUUGGUGGUAGUUCACAUGGGACUGUUUAUUUUCUACCAGUAACUCUAUGUUCUGUAGACAGGCAGGCGUGUCUUCAGACACUAAUAAGCUACACUAUAGACUACUGCUGUACAAGUGGCAAGAAUUGCUAACCUUUAAGUUUCCUGAGUGUAAAUCCCUUUUUUGAAUAAAGGGUCAGCCAAGAUGGAGAUGAACUUGGCUGUAAAGUCUUUACUUUCCUGGGUGAACAGUUUAAAACUCUGUGACUCAGAGCUGACCAUCGAUGACUUGCAGGACGGAUUGAUCUUACUUAGACUUGUUUAUAUGCUGAAAAAGCAGCCCAUCCCCUGUCUAAAUGAUGCAACUGAGGAUCGGUUCAGAGUCAUUGCAGAGUUUCUAGAAAGGGACUGCAGAUUUAAUGCAAGCAAGAGCUCUUCUCUGCGUUGGGACCACAUUAGAGAUGGCAUCAGCCUAACAGCUGAAAUUUCAAAGGUGCUUUUGUUGCUUGUAUACCAUGAUAUGAUGAAUGACCACUGCACUCUGAACAUGUUGGACUGCGAUGUGGAGCGGGAACUAGCACACCUAACUAGUUCCUUUGUGAUGGAGAGUGAGGGUUGUGUUUAUUUGAGCGAGGAACUUGACGCUCAUCUGAGAGGAAAACAUUUGACUUUCUCUCAAGAAAUAUUUGAGCAAUCAGCAGCCACCUCUGGUACCAAUAUGUCAAGCAUCUCUUCCUUCUUGGGUGAUGAGUCUCCUUUCUUCCACCGAAACAGUAGAAUUAAAUUUGUGGACAUAGAAACUGUGGCUUCUUCUUCAGUCAGCAGUUCUCCUCUGGAGGAUGUAAUGAACACACCGAAAUUUCAGCUGAGGAAAAUGCAGCGACAGAUGAUCAAGGAGCGAGACUAUCGAGAUAGUUUGGAGAGGGAGCUGGCCAGCAAGAUUGCGCUCAUUGAACAAAGAGAGUCUCGCAUUAACCAGUUGCAGUACCGCCUGGAUAAACUAAAGGAAGAACAAGGUGAUCAGGAGCAUGUUACCAAAGAACAAAUUAAUGAGCUUGAGAUCAAGAACAAUGACUUACAAAAGCGUCUUAAUGAGAUGCUGAAGCAAAAUAAAGACCUCAAGACAAACACUUCACUCAUGGAGCGCAAAGUGGAUGAGCUUGCAGAUGAAAACGGUGUGCUUUCUUCUCAGGUGAGAGCUGUGUGCUCACAGCUUGCCGCCUUUGAGACAGAAGUUGGUAGACUGACGGAAAGUCAAGCGUCUGCUCAGGAGGAGUGGAGAAACAAAAGAAACCAUCUACAGUCUGAGCUCAACCAAGCAACUGCUCAAAAGGAACUCCUUACAGAACAAAUUCAAAUCCUUCAAGGAAAGAUUUCCUGUUUGGAGGAUGAAAUAAGCAAGGCCAGUAAGGAUGAAGUUGGGGAAAAUAUGGGACCCAUAGUAGAGAGAGAAAUGUUGGAGACUGAAAUCAGGGGUUUGAAGAAUGAGCUAGAGACUACACAUUUCUCCCUGAAAAAGGCUGAGCUGGAGAUUCAUGCUAAAACUCAGCAACUGGAGGAAUGCCACCAAGAAAUUAAGGAGAUACAUGAGCAGAGGGGAGUUCUUCAGGAAGAGAUCCGAGUCCUUAAGCUUCAGCUUGAGCAGGUUGAGCAGCAAAAAAAUGAGCAGACAGACAGGCUACAACAGCAUAUUGCUGCUUGUGAACAAGAAAUUAAAAAACUACAGGAAAUUAAGCAAGCAAAGGAAGAUCUUCUUCAUCAGACUGAAGAAAAGGUGAACGAUCUUGAGACAAAGUUAACUGCUGCUACUUCUCUGUUGGCUGUUAAAGAGCAACAAAUUAACAGUCUCAAAGAUGAAGUUGACAUUCUUACAGAUGAAACUAACAAAAACAAAGAUGAAAUUCGAGCCAAAGAAGAAGAGCUUGCCAAGUUACUUCUUGAGAAGUCUAAUGUGCAAGAAACUCUCAGUGACAAAAUCCAGAUCUUAACAGCUCAAGUGGAAGACCUUAGUUCAUCUCUCAAACAGGCGGAGCAGGAAAUUCACAUGAAGCAAGACUUACUGGAUAAAAUCGCACAAGAGAAUGUCCAACAAAUAGAGCUACUUCAACAACAAAGUGCUGAACAUAUGGAAGCACUCGAGAAGCAGAAGACAGCAUCUCGAGAAGAAAUCAAGAGGCUAAAUGCAGAUAUUCAUGCUAAGGAAAAACAGAUGGCUCGGCUAGAGACUGAGGCCUCUACACGCUCUGCAUUGUUGCAGCAAGAGCUUGAUGAUCUGAACAACCAAAUAAAAAGCAUGACCCAUUCUCUUGAAAUGGCCAAGGACCAUGCUCAAGCCAGAGAAGCUGUAAUGGCCAAACAGCAAGAGGAAAGCACUUUGCAGAGUGAAGAGCUUAGGAAGCAAAUUUCAGUUCUUGAAGCAGAAGUGAAUCGACUGAAGCAGGAAAUCCAGACUAAAGAGGCUGAGGUAGAUGAGAUGAAGACCAACAACUACAUGGAGUCAGAGACUCUACAGAAUGAGAUCCAAAGUCUUCAGGGUCAAGUGCAGUGUUUGAAUGAAUCACUGAAGACUGCAACAGAGCAGGCUCAGGUUAAAGAAAACCUGCUGAAACAGAAGGAAUUUGAGUUUUCUCAGGAAAAGGACUCACUACAAAACAUGAUGAUGACCUCAGAAGAUGAGGUAAAGCGGCUGAGGGAGCAGGUCGAGGCCAAAGAAGAACAACUGGUCACACUUGGCUCAAUCCACUCUGACAUGCUAGAACAAGAGAUCGAAACUCUGAAAAACCAAGUAUGUGACAUGAGAGAGUCUCUCACAAAGGCAGAGGAGAAGGUUAAAGUCCUUCAGGCAGAGUUGUCAGUUGUCAAGACACUUGGAACUGAUAAAGACCAAAGUAUAAACACACUCAGAGAGGAGGUCACUGCUCAAGCUAACGUGAUACAAAAAACAAAAGCUGAAGCUGAAGCCAGUGAGAAACUUGUGGCUGAGAUAAAACAGGAGAGCUCCAAACAGACCUAUGUUCUCCAAAAUGAGAUCCAGGAUUUGAAGGAGGAGGUGGAAAGGCUUCUGGCCAAAGAGCAGAAAUUAGUUGAAACUCAGCAAGAGUCUGCUCAGCAAAUAAACCUCCUUCAGCAACAGCUUGCAUCCGCAGCUGCAGAGUUGACACAACAUGAAGCAACACAAGUUACUAACAUCAGGUUGAAAGAGACUGUGCAGGAGAUGCAGGUUACCACACUCAAAGAGAAGGAGACUCUUGUCCAAGAAAAACAGGUGCUUUUGGUUAGAAUACUCCAGGCAGAAAAAGAUCACGAAGCCAUAGUUUUUGAGAAGGAAAGACUUCUCCAAGCCAACCUGGCCCUAAAGAGGGAGAAUGUAGCCUCACGGAAGCUUGAGUCUGUACUGCAGCAAGAGCUGGAAAUACUGAAAAUGGAGAAUGAGAAAUUGCUGAAAGAGCAAGAGAAAGCAGAAGAAAUUGAGCUAAUCAAGAGAGAUCUGCAGGAACAGCUUGCCACUAAAUCAGAGGCUGCUGAACACUACAAGGCUCAGAUGGAGAAGGCUGCAAAUCAUUACAACAGCAAGAAGCAGCUUCUCCAGAAAAGCCAAGAAGAAGUGGAUGCUCUCAAGCUUUCUCUUGAAGCUAAAGAGCGUGAAAUGCACACUAUGAUAAUGGAAAAGAAAGUACUUCAGCUUGAUUUGGACAAGGCUCAAGCUAAUGAGAAGACACUUUCACACAGGGUGGCCAGCUUGGAGGCACAGCUUGCCUGUGCUGACCAGAAUUUAAGAGUACAGAAUAAGAUUCAUGCCAAUGGAGGCAGUGCAACAAGCUCGUGUUUCUUUGAGGUGCCUUACUCAAACUCGGGGGUUUGCACUAGAGCACAGGUGAAGAGAGCUAUGAGCUCAGAUAGCCUGGACCAGAGCAGUAUGGAAGACUCUCUAAACUCCACAAGAAAACUCUCAGCGCCCGAUGAAUCCAGCACACCACUUGUUCGCAGUUCAGAACGCUUGGCAGCCAAACGCCGGGGUCUAAAGGCCGAGUCACUGGAAACUUUGUACUUUACUCCUAUAAACACCAGACAAGUCAAGAGGACCGGUGCAGAGGAAAUUAUGGAUUCAACCCAAAAAAAUCCAACUUCAUCAGUCAAACGCCGCAGAACCACACAGGUUAUAAACAUCACUAUGACCAAGAAGACCCCGGGCUGCGGUGAAGCUGAUGAGACCUUCUAUAGCCUGGCUUCAGCUCGCUCCCAGCCAAACCUUGCUAAUGCAAACUCUGCCCGGCCCGUGUCUAUGGAGCUGUUUGACACUCCCGCCAGAAGGACCAGCUCUGCCAGCGACCAACUCAUUGGGCUUCCAGGGUACAGACGGAGCACCAUCCAUGUACAGCCCACCAGUACCUUCUGCGUUGGAGCAGAAAACGAGCCUGAUGGUGGACCUGAAGACUGGCUAAGGAUUGCGGAGCUCCAGUCCAGGAACAAGGCCUGUCUGCCUCACCUAAAAAGCAGCUACCCUGUUGAGUCUGAGUCACUCAUGUUGGGGCAGGUGGGUGCUGCUGCCGGCACUCGCUCCGACCGUCUGUCCUUGAUGCCAGGCCAGCUACCCUCAAGGACCGCCAGUUCCUAUCAGCUGAGGAGCCCAAAAGGCACAAAGCAACCUUCAUCCACAUUGUCCCUACACCAAACUUCACCUGAGAAAAAGAUGAAAGCCAGCUGCUUCCCUCGUCCACUCACCCCGAAAAACAGGAGCGUGAGCAGUGGUCCUUCGAGCUCUACUCUUCGUGCUGCCCUCAGCCCAGCUGAGCGGAGGCAGUCAAUGAUGUUUACCAUCGAAAACACCCCUAAAAGCAAUAACUACCUGAAGAAACAUCUGAACAAGCUGCGCAGCUCUGCACGUAAAUCCCCAGGCGACAGCUUGAAGAAGGCGCCUCCUCAGACAAGCGCACGCAAACACCAGGAAAAAAUGCCAUCAGGGAGUUCACGUGGUGGUGUGAGACAAGCCGGGAGAAUUGGAAACUUUAAAUCACCUCAAGUGGUAACGAAAGGAUCGAGGAAAUCUCCCCAAGCUGCCAGCAGAUCUGCAAAGUCUCCUGGAUUGACAGCCAGCGCUCGCAAGAUGAUGCGAAGGAUGAAAGUCUGAUGACUGGUCAAGCCCCCCACAUCCGUUCACCCACAAAUAGUUCAUCGGGACUUUGUUUUUAACAGUUCAUCAUUCUUUUUCCAUGUUUGUUUUGCUUCUUAAUCUUUGUAUUAUAUGUACAUGUUUCUCAGUUAAUCGAUUUUAAAUGGUAUUUCAGGAAAUGGAUUUUUUUUUUUUUUUUA